CCGCUGCUGUCGCUCGGGCUGCUGCAGCUGGUCCUGGGCUGCUGCAUGGUGGCGCUCAGCUUCGGGGCGCUGUCUCUGAGCAGCUCCCCGCAGGUGAAGAACUCGUGCCCGUUCUGGGCCGGCUCUUCGGUAAUUCUGUCUGGGAUCAUAGGGUUAACCACUUGGAAAAGACCCAUGAUUCUUCUGGUAAACCUCUUCGUGUUACUCUCUGUGGUCUGCGUCCUGCUAAAUCUCGCGGGAUUCAUCCUGGGAUGUCAAGGGGCACAGUUUGUGUCCAGCGUACCCAGGUGUGAUCUGGUGGACCUAGGUGAAGGCAAGAUUUGCUUCUGUUGUGAAGAAUUUCAACCAGCCAAAUGCACAGACAAAGAGAACUCCUUGAAACUCUUUCCCGUUCAACCUUGUAGUGCUGUUCACCUUCUGCUUAAGAAAGUCCUCUUUGCGUUGUGUGCCUUGAACGCGCUCACCACCACCGUGUGUCUGGUGGCCGCCGCCCUCCGCUACCUGCAGAUAUUCACCACCAGAAGGUCCUGCAUCGACGAGUCCCAGAUUUCUGCCGAAGAAGUGGAAGAUCAUGGCCGGAUUCCUGACCCUGAUGACUUCAUACCACCUGUGCCUCCUCCUUCUUACUUUGCCACAUUUUACUCGUGUACGCCCCGGAUGAGCCGCAGGAUGGCGGGUCCCGACGUCAUUCCGCUGCCGCACAUCUAUGGAGCUAGAAGCAAAGGUGUGGAAGUGUUCUGUCCUCUGGACCCCCCACCUCCCUAUGAAGCCGUGGUGAGCCAAAUGGACCAGGAACAGGGGUCUUCAUUCCAGAUUCCAGAAGGAUCCGAGGCUGCUGUGAGUCCACUGGAACCAGCAGACACACACACCACUCAAGGUGGGGCUGUUCCCCCCACAGCCGGUGAAGAAGUCACAUCUGUCUUGAGUCCUCCCGCAAGCCUGGUGCAUCCAGCCAGGAGCUGCCGAGCUUUCCCGCCACUCAGGACAAGAUCCAAGAGUGAUCCUGUGCUCCACCACUGCGAGGAGAGAGCCACCCCGGUGCUCAGCUGCGAAGCGGCCACUCAGACUGAAAGGAGACUGGACCUGGCCCUGGUGACGCUAAGGAGAAGCAGCAGACCAAGAGCGCUGAGAUGCAGGCCCCGCUCUCUCAUCGAUUAUAGGUCUUACAUAGACACCAAGCUCCUGGUGGCAAGGUUCUUGGAGCAGUCUUCUUGCAGCAUGACCCCAGACAUCCAUGAACUUGUAGAAAACAUUAAAUCCGUGUUGAAAUCCGAUGAGGAGCACAUGGAGGAAGCCAUCACAAGUGCCAGUUUUCUAGAACAGAUAAUGGCGCCUUCGCAGCCCAGCGCUGCCUGGGCCUAUACGCUGCCUUGGCAGAGACGGCCCGGCCUGCUGCACCUGCAGAGCUGUGGGGACCUGAGCACCUUCGCUCCACCAGGGAGGCUGAGAGCCGAGAGGAGGCCCCGGCGGGUGGAGGCUGAGCGGCCGCACAGCCUCAUCGGUGUCAUCAGAGAGACCGUGCUGUGA